CUUUGACCUCUUCUCAGCGGCAGCGCGGGCGGGGGCAGUACGCAUGUGUCGUUUCUUCGCAUGGUUAGCGUCCCUAGCCGCGGCGGGAGCUGUGGUGGCCGUGCUGCUGGCACUGCGGCUGUGGGUAGUGCUGCAUUCUCGGGUUCUUGUGCCCCGUCAGUCUCUCAGUCUCUUGGUGGUGGCUGGGUCCGGUGGGCACACCACCGAGAUCUUGAGGCUGCUUGAGAACCUGUCCAAUGCUUACUCUCCUAGACAUUAUAUCAUUGCUGAUACUGAUGAAAUGAGUGCCCAUAGAAUACAUUCUUUUGAACGAAGUCGAGCUGAUAGAGACCCCAGUACCAUGGCUCCCGAAUACUGUAUUCACCGCAUUCCCAGAAGCCGUGAGGUUCAGCAGUCCUGGCUGUCCACGGUGUUCACCACUUUGUACUCCAUGUGGCUCUCCUUUCCCCUCACUCACCAAAUCAAGCCAGAUUUGGUGUUGUGCAAUGGACCCGGAACAUGUGUCCCUAUCUGCAUCUCUGCCCUUCUCCUUGGGAUACUAGGAAUAAAGAAAGUGAUCAUUGUCUAUGUUGAAAGCAUCUGCCGAGUAGAACAUUUAUCCCUAUCCGGAAAAAUUCUGUUUCACCUCUCCGAUUACUUCAUUGUUCAGUGGCCGGCUCUUAAGGAGAAGUAUCCCAAGUCUGUGUACCUCGGGCGAAUUGUCUGAUGAAUGACAACUUUCUUCUUUAGAAUUCUGCAGUCAACCAUAUUUAUUAUAUUGGGGAGAAAAAAACUACAUGUUUAUUGUAAAGGCUUCUGAAGGUCCUGAGAAUUCUUGGGGUGAAGAGUAAAAGAUGUGUAACUAACUCAGUAAAGAAACUGAGGGUGCUCUUGUAAAACAGAUGUUAAUAAAUCAUUAAGUAUUUAUGCCUC